AUGUCAGAGAAUGAGUUUAUCAACAUCCCUUCACGUGUGAAUGGCAGCGAUAAGACUCGCCCCCGAGCACAUAUUGAUGAGACUAUGUACAAUCAAAUGCACCACCGCUCGAUCCAUGAGAAUGAUCAAUUUUGGGCCGAAGAGGCGAAUCGGAUGAUUUCAUGGUAUGUCCCCUUCAAGACGGUCCAGUAUGGAGACUUUGGGCGCGGCAACAUUGGCUGGUUCCUGGAAGGUCAGCUGAAUGCCUCGUACAAUCUUGUGGACCGCUGGGCAUUUGAGCGCCCCGAUGACAUUGCGCUCAUUUGGGAGGCAGAUGAGCCUGGCAGUCACAUUUAUAUCUCGUUUAGCGAGCUCCUAGACCGCGUGUGCCAAGUAGCGGGUGUGCUUCACUCGCUAGGCGUGCGAAAGGGUGACAUUGUCAUUAUCUACAUGCCCAUGAUCCCUGAGGCUGUUAUUAGCAUGCUUGCGUGUGCACGGAUCGGUGCUGUACAUUCAGUGGUGUUUGCCGGCUUCAGUUCGGACUCAUUGCGUGAUCGUGUACAAGACAGUCGUACACGCGUAGUUAUGACGUCUGAUGAAGGCCGACGUGGUGGCCGGACGAUUGCGACCAAGUCGAUUGUCGAUGCCGCACUAAAAGAAUGCAGCAGUGUUGAGCAUGUCUUGGUCGCAAAGCGCACGGGGGCUGUUGAUGUGCCAUGGGUGGACGGACGUGACAAGUGGCUAAGCGAGCUUGCAGCUCAACAGCGCACAUACUUCCCACCAGUCUCGAUGAACAGUGAGGAUCCAUUAUUUGUCCUCUACACGUCAGGUUCUACAGGUAAGCCCAAGGGCAUUGUCCAUACAACAGCAGGCUACCUGCUAGGAGCGGGCCUCUCUGUGAAACACGUGUUUGACGUGCACCCAGGCGACCGCUUUGGCUGCAUGGCCGAUAUCGGCUGGAUUACGGGACACACAUACAUUGUGUAUGGUCCGUUGAUGAAUGGCACCGCUACUUUGAUCUUCGAGUCGACACCAAUGUACCCGACACCCUCACGGUACUGGGAGGUCGUCGACACCCACAAACUGACGCAGUUCUAUACGGCUCCGACGUCCAUCCGUAUGCUGCGCCGCAUGGGUCCUGAGCAUGUGCAGAACUACGAUUUAAGCACGCUGCGUGUGCUUGGAACGGUCGGCGAACCCAUUAAUCCUGAGGCAUGGCACUGGUACAAUGAAGUAGUGGGCCGUGGCCACUGUGCUAUUGUCGACACAUACUGGAUGACGGAAGGUGGCUCACACAUGAUCACAUCGUUGCCAGGCGCGAUCAAGAGCAAGCCGGGUGCAGCAUCGAAACCGUUCUGGGGCUUGAAGCCUGUUUUGCUCGAUUCUCAGACGGGACAAGAAUUGCAGGGCGUAGAUACCGAAGGUGUGUUGGCCAUGAGUAGGCCGUGGCCAUCACUCGCCCGCACGAUCCUUAACGACCACAGUCGCUUCCUUGACACGUACAUGCGUCCAUACCCUGGUUACUUCUUUACAGGUGACAGUGCGUACCGAGACAAGGAUGGCUACAUUUGGAUCCGCGGCCGUGUCGACGAUGUGAUCAAUGUGUCUGGACACCGCUUGUCGACGUCGGAAAUCGAGUCGGCCUUGGCUGAGCACCCUGGCGUGGCAGAAUCCGCCGCCGUUGGUGCGCCUGACGAACUGACUGGCCAGACCAUUGCGGUCUUUGUCGCUCUAAAGCCUGACUAUGUGUAUGACUCACUCGAGGACCUGACAAAAGAAUUGAGUAUCCAAGUGCGUCGAGCGAUCGGCCCCUUCGCUACACCAAAACGCAUUCUGUGUGUAAGGGACUUGCCCAAAACCCGCAGUGGCAAAAUCGUGCGCCGCGUUUUGCGCAAGAUUGUAUGCAAUGAAGCUGAUCAGCUAGGCGACUUGUCGACACUAAGCGAUCCAUCCGUUCUGGACCAUUUGUUGGUACGUGCAGACAUAGGUGCUACAGCACCAUGCAUGACAUCUCGAUAUUGUGACUGA